AUGGAAGAGUUGAAAGAAGAUGUCAAGUUCAUUGUGGAUGAGACCUUAGACUUUGGAGGGCUGUCCCCAUCUGACAGUCAUGAGGAGGAAGACCUAACAGUGUUGGUGAGUCCAGAGAAACCUCUCCGACGGGGCCUCUCUCACCGGAGUAACCCGAACACAGUAGCUCCCAAUCUCCAGGGUGUGAGGUUCAGUCUGGGCCCGCUCAGUCCAGAGAAGCUGGAGGAGAUCCUUGAUGAAGCCAACCGCCUGGCAGCUCAGCUAGAGGAGUGUGCCCUGCAAGAUCGGGAGGGUGCAGGGGCUGGCCCUGGGAAGCCCAGCUCCAGAGGGAAGCCCAGCCCUCGGCGGGAGACGUUUGUCCUGAAGGACAGCCCUGUCCGGGAUCUGCUGCCCACUGUGAGCUCUUGGAGCACACCGUCCCCAAGCAGCCUAGCCGGACUCCGAAGCAGUGAUAAGAAGGGGUCUACCAGGGCUGCUCGGGUGGCAGCUGGAAAGAAGCUUCCCGUCACAAAAAAGGAAUCGCCCACUUGCAACCUGUUCCCUGCAUCCAGAAGCCCAGCGCUCUCUCCUCUUGCACAAUCAACUCUUCCCCUCCGGCGGAAAACUGGGCCCAAUGCACGGACAACAGCAAGCCCACCAGUCCCGGUCAGACCAGUCCUAGCUCCACAGCCCUCAACCAGCAACUCUCAGUGUUCAACCCGACUACAGGGAGCAGCUGCUAAGUCCUCUGCUCGCUUACCACCUCCCUCAGCCAUCCCCAGGCCUGCCACACGAAUGCCACUCACUGGCCGGAGUGUACCACCUAGCAAAAGUACCCUAACUCCAGAGUCUCUCUCAACUCGGAAAGGGCUUCCAAGUGCCGUAGGACACAGAGCUCCUGUUCCCCAGAGAGCGAAUCUUCCAACCACCAGAGCCCCCCGAGGCAGGACGCAGCCUCUCAGGAAAGCUGCAGUCCCUGGACCUACUAGGUAA